UAUAAAGAAAAUCCUGAUGGGAAUAUGACAGGCUGUGAAACUCCCUUUUUAACCUGAAGAGUUUUAUUGGUUAUAAAAUUCUACAUUUUUUUGAAAUGUGACAAAGAGCGAAGCAGACCUCUAUCUCAGUAUAAGUAGAAGCCAAAUCAAUGCCAAAUCUUCAGAGAUACAUGAUGUGGUUUUUUCAUCGAUUGGUUCGGCACAAAAAACUUGUCUUUGUAUUCAUCGGCUUGAGUGUUGUAUUAAUCCAUUGGUACAUGCAAACUGAUAAUUACCUGAUUGAAGAGUUUUCUUUCCCACUUUCAACAGCUCAGAAAUCUGGUUCACAUGACAAAGUACAUGAAAAAGAUCAUCCUAAAGUCACACAGAAAGUACAAAAAGUAUCGGAGGAAGAAUCCCAACGCUACGUCAAUUACAUGGCAGAAAACUUCAUCAUAAACUUCACAGUCAUCAAGAACACAGCAUCGGACGCAAUAAAGAAAAUCUCUCUCCACAACGUAGGACGGCUAACAAUACCCCGAUUUACGUGGAGUAUAUACUUUUAUGACAUCACGUUUGUCGGAAACAGCAGGUUUCCUUAUCCUCAAGGUCUGAGGUUAGAUAAUGCUGAACUGCUGAUUUUUCACGAGGGAGGAAAUCACUAUCGACUGCAACCGACGGAGAAAUUUCCCCCAUAUAUUAAUCCAGAUGACAGAAUUGAGGUGGAAUACGAUGCAUAUGGGCCUCAUGUUUCUAGAUAUUUUUCUUUUCCAAACUGGUAUGUUUCGUGUCCCACAUGUGCCCCCAGAAUUUUGAAAUGCACACAAAGUGAAAGUUUGGAUUUUGUUGAAAAGUUCUCCCAAGUGCAGCAGUAUAAACGAUUUGAAAAUGACCUUCAUAAACCUUUCACAGGCAAUGACAGAUUUCAAAGGAAUGCAGUACCCAGUAACUUACGUAAGGUCCCCCUGAGUUCUGUCCUCCCCACCCCCCUCAGGGUGGAGCGGAGUGAUGGGGACUCCCUCCUGGUAACUACCGGUGAUUGGGUCAUCAACGCUCAAGAUUUUAAGGAGGAGGCCAAACUGCUUGCUGAAACCCUUCAGUUAGAAAUGAAGAAAACAGAAGCCAUCUCAACUGUCAUAACUUUCACCCGCACAAAAAUCACCUUACCUAUGGAAUCCAAUCUCUCUCUGUCAGAAGCUUACGAGAUUUUGAUUGACCCAGAUUCAGAUACGAUCCAGAUUAAAGCGAAUUCUGAACCGGGAGCAUUUUACGCUGUACAGACACUUUUCUCCCUCAAGAAGAAAGAACAAGACAAGAAAACGAAGUCCUUUGGUUAUCGGUUUCCCAAAAUAAAGAUCACAGAUGCCCCCCGCUUUGAGUAUCGAGGACUGAUGGUGGACGUAAGUCGUAAUUUCGUCACCAAGAAGGACGUCUUGAAGUUGCUGGAUCUAAUGGCGAUGUAUAAACUUAACAAGUUCCAUUUCCAUCUGACUGAUGAUGAUGGCUGGAGGUUUGAAGUCCCACAGUUUCCAGAGUUAACAAAGUUUGCUGCUAAUCGCUGUUAUGACCCGUCCCACGAAGUCUGCCUUCCACCCUCGUUAGGAUCUGGUCCGUAUACCAACACAUCCGGGUCAGGUUACUACUCCGUCCGAGACUACAAAGAAAUUCUGAGGUACGCCAAGGCCAGGCACAUCCAGGUCAUUCCAGAGGUUGAUGUCCCGGGUCACGCUGGGUCAGCGGUCAAGGCCAUGGAACUCAGAUACAAGAGAACGAAAGACGCCAAAUAUCGCCUCAGUGACCCGAACGACAAAUCUCAAUACAGGUCUGCCCAGGCACACACAGACAAUGCUGUGAAUCCUUGUCUGGAUUCCACCUACGAAUUUUUCAAGGUCAUUAUACUUCACCUUCAUGACCUGCACAAGGACAUUCAACCUUUGACCUUUUAUAUGUUGGGUGGGGAUGAGGUCGCCAGAGGAGCAUGGGAAAAGUCACCCAUGUGUGAGAAAUUUAAAAAGGAAAAGGGACUGAAUGGCUACCAUGAUUUGAAGAAGUAUUUUUUCAAGAGGCUGAUGAAUGAGUUGAAGCUGGAGGGCUUGAGUGUUGGAUUAUGGGAAGAUGCAGUUUUAAAUGAUAACCAGGAGCCACAUCCAGUGGAGGAAAGCAAAAAGGGACAGCUCUACACAUAUAGUUGGACCAACAUCUGGGAAUGGAGGAAAGGAUCUCUGGCUUACAAACUCGCUAAUGCUGGUUACAAGGUAGUGAUGUCCCCCGCAACCUACUUUUACCUAGACCACCCCUAUGAGCCUGACCCUGAAGAGCGAGGAUUAUACUGGGCGACCCGUUACAUAGACACACAGACCGUCUUCAGUUACCAGCCUGACGAUCUGUACAAGAACAGAGGGACCCAACAUAAUGGGGCUCCCAUGACAGACAGUAUUCUGUGCUCAGGGGGCUGCCCUCUCUUAAAGGAGCCUCAGAAUAUCAAAGGAAUCCAGGCUGACUUAUGGACUGAGAGCAUCAGAAACACUGACCAGAUGGAGUACAUGUUGUUCCCACGACUCCUGGCCCUGGCCGAGCGAGCCUGGCACAAGGCACCCUGGGAAAGCAUCAAGGACCCGACCCGACGAAAACUGAAGCAGCAGACAGACUGGGAGGUGUUUGUCAACAAAAUGGGUCACAAAGAACUGAGGCGAUUGGAGGAGAUGGGGGUCAAGUAUCGGCUGGACCCUCCUGGGGCAAGGUUCAGUAACUCAAUUUUGGAAGUAAAUACAGUUUUCCCUGGGACGUCCACUGAAUACAGCUUAGAUAGUGGGAAAACAUGGAAAAAAUAUGACCCAGAAAUUUCUACUAAACUCCAACACAAAGGCAGUAUUUUGGUGCGAUCUGU